AUGAAGACAUUAUACGCAGAACAAGAAAAACUUGGACAGGAAAUUGCAAAAAUCUUGACUAAUAUUAAAAAACUGAACAAAGAAAAGCGUACUACAGAAUAUUUAAACAUAAGGCGGCAGACAGUUGAAGAAUUGUGGAAUGACUUUGCGGAACAACAUAAUGAAAUUGUAGGAAAAGGUUCAAAAGAUGAUAAAUAUUUUACAUCUAACUAUUACGAACAAGUACAGAAAAAAUAUGAAGAAACGAAAAAGGCUUUAGAGGAGUUUAUUAAAAAUUCAUACAAGUCUUCGAUAAAAAUUAGAGAAGUAAAAAUUAGAAUGGGAAAACUUCAUAAUUUAUUGGAAGACGACGAAAACAAUGAAGAUAUACAAGAUGAUUUAAAAGAAGAGGUACAAAAAAUAGAUGCUUUAAUAAUGGAAAUAACUGUGGAAAAUGAACAGGAUGCACUAGAAGCUGAAAUAGAAAGAUUUUAUACAAUGAAAAGAAGGGUGCGGUCGAUUAUCAAAGUAAAUAAGAGAGUGGUGGCGGAAGGAUGCAAGAAAGAAAAAAUAAUACUCCCUCAGGCAAAGUUGCCCUCUUUUGAAGGAAGAUACGAGGCUUGGGGAACAUUCUUUGAUAUUUUUAAACAAUUGAUACAUGAGAAUAAUCAACUAUCAAAUGUGGAAAAAAUGCAGUAUCUGAAGACAAGCCUCCGAGGAGAAGCAAGUAGAAUAAUACAACAUUUAAACACAACAGAAGCAAACUACAGUGCUGCGUGGAAAAUGUUGCAAGAUCGGUACGAUAAUCCGAGGAUGAAUCUAUUUAUAUUAAUAGACAAGAUACUUCAGGCUGCGGAGAUAAAAGAAGCGUCAGCAAAGGCGCUUAAAAAAUUACAUGAUACUAUCCACGAAUGCUUAGAAGCGAUUAGUGGACUAGGUAUAAUGACAGAGUCCUGGAGUCCUCUUAUAGCAAGGAUAAGCAUGUUAAAGUGGGACACAGAAACCAGGAGAUUAUAUGAAACGUCAAUCCAAAACAGUAGGGACAUUCCGACAUAUAAGUCAACACAGGAAUUCCUACAAAGAAGAUUCCAGACAUUGGAGAUGUUGGAAAAAGAAAGGAAAAGGACAGAUCACAAACAACAGGCAAAGAAGAAGAUAACCUGUGUGGUAUGUCAUGAAGAACAUAAACUGUUCAAAUGUCCAAAGUUUCUAAGUCUACAAGUACGUGAAAGAAACAAAAUAGUAAAGGAAAAGCAAUGGUGCGGUAGAUGCCUACUACAUAAAAAAGAAGUACCAUGUUAUUCCACUUAUAGAUGUGCAGAAUGUAAUGGACAGCAUAGCUCAUUACUACACAUGUCAGAUGGUCAGUAUGAUAACAGAAGGAAUUCUGAAAACAGAAGGCCACAAAAUAGACCCAAUACUAGUGGGUCAGAUGGUCAGUAUGAUAACAGAAGGAAUUCUGAAAACAGAAGGCCACAGAAUAGACCCAAUUCUAGUGGGUCAGAAGGUCAGUAUGAUAACAGAAGGAAUUCUGAAAACAGAAGGCCAAAAAAUAGACCCACUUCUAGUGGGACCAGAGAUGACAACAGUUACGACGGAUCGUCAAGGAGACAAGAGAAUACUAUGACUAGAUAUUCGGAAGUACCUAAAAAUAAAGCCAUAGAGCAAACUAUAGAUAUUAAAAAAGAGUUGAAAUUGGUUGAAACAAAUAACAAUGAAAUAAAAUCAGCUAAUAGCAAAAUAGAAGCUUCUGUAGUCGAGCUUGAUUUCAAGGAAUUAGAGCCAACCCAAACUGCAAAAGAAACUAAUUUCGAUUCGGGAAGAAAGACAACCGAGGGAAAGGAUUCUAAAUCGUUUAUACUUGAGGAAGAAAAUUCCAAGACAAUAAAUGAAAGGGUUGAUGAUUUAAUGACUCAAUCCCAUAAAGAUGUUCAAAAAAUUUCUGAUAUCGAGGGUACAGACCAAAAUAAAACUAGAAUAGUUGUACAAGAGACAGAAAGUAUUAAAAUUGACUCAAAGGAAAUAGAACAGCUUAAUAAAAGUAUAGAAAAUACAGAAUGUUCGAGAGCUGUUGAAAAUAAAGAUGCCAAGAAUCAUGUAAUGCAGUUAGAACAAGUUAAUAAUAAUAUAGAAGAUGGAAAAAUUUAUAUAAACAGUACCGAAGAAAUUGAUUUGAAAGAGAUAGAAGUAAAUGUCCACAUGCCAAGUGAUGACACUAUCGAAGACCUGACAGAUAAGUGUAAACGGUUAGAGGAAACUCUAUCCUGGUCUUUUCAUCCUCCUACAACACCUAAUUCUGGUGCUGGAUUUAACUCUUACUCCUCGAGAAAUCGUUCUUGGCAAUCUAGACCCCAUACACCGAAUGUGUCUGUGACUACUUAUUCUUUGUCUUGCUGGAAUUGUCAGGUUGUUGGUCACGCAUUUCGGGAUUGUACCAGACCCCAAACACGGAUUUUCUGCCACGGUUGUGGUAGAGAAAAUACGCUUAAACGUAACUGUUUUAAGUGUUCGGGAAACGAGCAUGCAGAGGCUCGUACCCUGAGCGUUCCUCAAACAGCAGCCCCAUCAGGGAACAUGACCGCAGCUGUAGACGAAGCUUCAGGUCCAAUACCCGCCAGCAGCUCGAACACCUCUCAGGAAGGAAGAAACACUUCCAACCGGAGACCAGCACGCAAACCGAAAUCAGGGAAAAAGUAA